AUGUCCACCAUUAUCCGCCGUUUCCUUUCUUACAUUGGCAAAUGCAAACCGAGUGACUUCAAAAACCCCGCCCACGGGACUCUUGUGGACCUAUUGCAGAGACCAAGAGAAACGAGUAUAUCCCCCUUGCCAUACUAUCAUUAUAUUCAAGGUCUUCUAACGGCAGUACCGCAGGAUCCUCGCAUCAAAUACGCCAGCAUCGAAGGGACGGAACUGCACAAGUCGCACAAGGACCCCACCGACACGCAGAAAGUCAUUUCAAUCCGAUUCUUCGACGAGGACAAAAAGAGGGUCGGCACUGGACAUUUGCACGAGGAUGGGACUGAUAAGUUCCGGUAUAAGAAGAAGCCGCCUUCCGAGUCACCAUCUGGUGGGUUCGAGGGGCGGUGA